UUAUUGAAACUUUUUAUUCGUUUUCGUAAAAAGUAAUACGCGAUUAAUUUUGUCACGAUGACUGAAACAUCUGUGUCUCCAGCUCCUGUUGAAGAGAAGACUGUUGCCAAGGUCGACGCUCCUAAAAAAGCAGCAGCGAAAGCCAGAAAACCAUCGGCCAAGCCAACCCAUCCGAGCACUGCUGAUAUGGUUAAAGCUGCCAUCAAAACUCUUGGUGAACGUGGAGGAUCAUCUCUUCAGGCCAUCAAGAAGUACAUCGCUGCAACCUACAAGGUCGACGUUGAAAAACAAGCGCCGUUCAUCAAGAAAUUCUUGAAGGGAGCCGUCACCAAGGGAACCCUGGUUCAAACCAAAGGAAAAGGUGCUUCUGGAUCAUUCAAACUUGCAGUCGAAAAAGCUGCAUCUAAACCAAAAGCAACUAGUGUGAAAAAAGCUGCACCGAAGAAACCUGCAGCGGCCAAGAAACCAGCAGCCAAGAAGACUCCUGGUGAAGCCAAAUCUUCAGCCAAAAAAGCUGCUGCUCCUAAAAAAGCAGCAGUUAAGAAACCAGCUGCAGCAAAAAAACCAGUAGCUAAAGCACCAGCUAAACCUAAAUCCGCUGCACCAAAGGCCAAAAAAGCAGUCAAAGGUCCAACAGCUAAGCCUAAAUCACCUAAACCUAAAAAAGUUGCUGCACCAAAAGCACCUAAAGCUGCAGCUAGAAAAGCACCUGCAGUCAGAAAAUAAAUAUUCAAUUCUUCUACAUAAAUAUUUAAAAACAAACGGCCCUUUUCAGGGCCAAACAAAUUUUUCAAAACGUAAAAUACUUUUUGAGUCUAUUUGAAUGUCGAUAACCCACAAUAUUCCUCUGUUCUCUUAAGAAUUACAAAUAGUAAAUAAGCUGAUUGAACAUAACAAUUCUCAAUGGAAAUUUUGAUAUGAUACUGAAGUUGGCCGACAUUCAAUAAUUUUUGGACUUUUUUUUAAGCGAUAAAUUAUAAAACAAAAAUUUUUGUAUUUUUUGAAAUUUUCUACGCGUGCGCAUUUUUAGUUGUCAUUUUUUUACAAAUUGAAUUGUUGAAAGAACGAACCGAAAAUUGUUAAUUACCUGAAAACUUCGAGAUCGUAAUUUUACUAAUCUCCUUGGACAUACUACUAAUUCUUUUAAUUACUUUAAUUCAGAAUUUCGGUAAUAUUAUUUAUACUCAGAGGACGCUUACAAUUGUCUUUUUGUUAUGAGUUCCCUUCUCACUCCAUAUUUCCACUUAAAUUAUUUUAAGAUCGACAGGCAAUUUCGUAGGAAAUGAUGAGUCUGUCUCGGUAAAUUUUAAAAUAAUAAAUAUAACGGCGAAUAAUUAGUAGAAUAUAAUGGUUGGAAAACUUAGAUAAGUUAGAUUCAAUAAUACAAGCAACGUAAUUAAUUUCAUUGGUUUCGAUAACCGGUAAAACCCAUGAUCUUUUCCAGGGCCCCGGAAAACCGUUAUUUUUGUUUCUGAAACUUGCAAGAAUUAACGACUUGCUAUGCAUAGGUCGCUUUCUUGGUAUAGUCGAACGUUUACUUAUGUAUUUAUGAAUAAAGAAUUAAAUGAUUGAAUACUGAAAAGUGAAAUUAGGUAGGAUUUACUAUAAUUCGUUAGAUCAAUCGGUCGAGGUUUCAUAUACGCUUAGUGUAGAUAAUCGUAUGUCGAUAUUAAAAUUGGGGAACUAGAAGAAGGUAAAAUUUGUUAAUAAUAUUAAAUAAUUUAAAAAAACAAAAAAAAAAUUAAUUAUGAUGAUUAUUAUCAUUAUUUUUUGUUAAAGGAAUCAUGACUAUUCUGGUCUUGUUUAUUGACUUUAUAGAUUAAUUCAUCGUAUUAAUAAAUACAUGUAGACUAAUAUUGAUAGA